AGGAGGUCGGGUUUUAGAAGAGUACACACAUGCCGUCAGCGGAUAUACACUAUGUACCAACGAACAGGACGCCGACAUCGACAGAGUCACUAGCGUCCCUUCGCACGGAGAAUACUUCUGACGACGUCAAAGCAAGGAUGACAAUAUCACAGGAAUAGGUCGGUACUUAGAUGUGAUCGCCUGAAUUCAAAGGAAGGUGGAAACUUGACUGAAAGUAAAAACGGCGGAUAUCGGCAUAGAUUUGACAUGACCUCAGUUCAUAUAAAACGAAUAUUCUGUCCCCGAUGCCAUCGUAUGUAUAGCGAGCAGACUGGAAACAGGAGCUGUGUGGGAGGAAACUGGAGUGAAUAGGGUGCGAUAGGACGUUGGUUCAGAUGAGGAGUUUGGACCGUUGUGUACAUGUUAUAUAUAUAUAUAUAUAACACAAGUGUAAGGAGACAGACAGUAUUGAUAAAAGACUGCUGCAGUGGCUGACAGCAGCCGAUGAAGAUGAUGAUGGAGCUUAGUGACAGAGUAGAGAAUGUGUCAAGGGACUACCUCGGACUGGUUGACAAAGUCAACGAUAAACUUCGGACUCUCAGGGCUGACCUGAUUUCUAUGCGACGACAGGAUGUAAAGCUCCUGAAACAGCUUGUGAACAUCAAUGACGUCAUCCAGGCGAUGUAUCAGCGUGCCAAGGAAAUUCGGAGUGAUGAAGACGACGAAGCAGAUGAACCCCAAACUAUGCGGCCGACAGAUGUCUGGAGGGCAACGAGCAGACGAACGCCGCUUGUCCGUCAGCAAAGCGUGCCUUACUAUUGCGGGGCACCGCGGACAUUUACCGCUACUAGUAUGGGGGACAGUAUGGAAGGGUUGGACGAGAUUGCGGAUGAUGACCCGUCCCUAAUCACCGGUGACGUCACAGAUGACACAGACAGUUUAUUCUCCAGCUCGGGAGCCAUAACCGUGCCAUCUUUCACCAAACAUUACAUCCGACAGCGCGCCAUUUCUUGUGAAACGACUCCUAACGAGCAAAAUACUUUGGAUGAUAGUCAUUUUGAAAAUAUGUUAAUGAAAAAUAUUCAAUUAUGGAAAUUUUCAUUACAUAAGAAUUCUGAUAAUGAACCUAACAUUUUACAAGUAAGAUAACAAACAAAUAGAAUUAAGAGUGUAAAAUAUGCUUAAUAUAAUUAUAUUUUUUCUUAUUGACAUGUACUUUGAUGUUAUGAUUAACAUAUAUUAAUUACAAAAACCAUGACUUUAUUCAAAGUCAAUACAAUUUCACAGAAAGCUUUUCGUAAAGAUACUGUGACUGUGAGUUCCAUUUGGAAGGUUAUUAUGAAUACACUUUUUCAUACUGCGAAUUAUGUAGACUUUUCAUCAUUAUAUCACUUUGAUUUUGCAUGGUCAAACAUAUUGUUUUUCCACAACGAAUACACAGUGUUAGCAUUUUCGCAAACACUGCUUAUUGUUAUUAUACAAAGUCUACUAUGUCGAUGAUGAAACGAAAUUUUUAAUGGUAAAAUAUCCAGAUAUUAUUAAACAAUUAUGCAUGCGCGUGCAUUUUUAUUAUUCACCAACAAAUCUUCCGAAAGCCUUCCCUUAAUGUCAAUCUAAACAAGUUAACCCGGUUACACUAUUAUUUACUAACAAAUCUUUCUAGAGCCUUCCAUUCAUGUCAAUCUAAACAAGUUAGCCCGGUAACACUAUUAUUUACUAACAAAUUUUUCUAGAGCCUUCCAUUCAUGUCAAUCUAAACAAGUUAGCCCGGUUACAUUAUUAUUUACUAACAAAUCUUUCUAGAGCCUUCCAUUGAUGUCAAUCUAAACAAGUUAGCCCGGUUACAUUAUUUUACUAACAAAUCUUUCUAGAGCCUUCCCUUAAUGUAAAUCUAAACAAGUUAGCCCGGUUACACUAUUGUUUACUAACAAAUCUUUCUAGAGCCUUCCAUUGAUGUCAAUCUAAACAAGUUAGCCCGGUUACACUAAUAUUUACUAACAAAUCUUUCUAGAGCCUUCCAUUGCUGUCAAUCUUAACAAGUUAGCCCGGUUACACUAUUAUUUACUAACAAAUCUUUCUAGAGCCUUCCCUUAAUGUCAAUCUAAACAAGUUAGCCCGGUUACACUAUUAUUUACUAACAAAUCUUUCUAGAGCCUUCCAUUGAUGUCAAUCUAAACAAGUUAGCCCGUUUACACUAUUAUUUAUCAACAAAUCUUCUAAAAGCCUUCCCUUAAUGUCAAUCUAAACAAGUUAGCCCGGUUACAAUAGUAGGUGUAGAUGUAACCAUUAUUGAAACAUGGGUUACCAUAGCAGUUGACAUUUCUUUUUUUUAAAGAGUAUUUGUUAAAGAUUAAUGUACAGUGUUCAUAACUUACGCGAUGUUAGGUGCGAUAUGGAAGCCAGUAUAUAAAUAUGUUUCUAGUUAUUUAAAAAAAAAAUCAAUUAUUUUCACGAUUUUAAAAAGAAGCCUAAUGGACCUUAACGCUCGCAUGGUAUUCAUGAGCUAAAUAAAUGGCAAAAGAUGAACAGGCAUUGUAAAAGUCACAACAAUAACGGAAAGUUAUAUCACUCGGAUUUUGGUCAAAACCAUAAGAUCAUCAUUUGAAUAAAAAAUUCAUCAAAUAAACUUCAUAAUUUACUGAUUUUAAGUUUAAAAGGGUUUCAAAAUGUUGGCCAUGUUAGCUAAUUGGAUUGCAAAUCGCUUCUAUACAUGUUACAUCGAAACAAGACUCCAAUGUUUUUAAUUAUAUUCUAUCCGUAGAACUUGAUUUUAAGGUUAACGGAUGACAGAGAAAGACGGUUGCAAUAGGUCACAUGAUUCCCAUGUGCGCUAAGAAUACCACGUUAAAUGGAAAUGCAUGUGAGAUAAAAAUGCAAAAACAAAAUAUCCUUUCCAUUAUGUAAAAUCUCGGUAAUGGUAGAUGUAAAGGUAUUUGGUCCGAACGUACAGGCAGAUUACCCAUCCUUUAAAUGAAUGGCUGUUAAUAACGGUAUUCAUACUUGAGUUUAUAUUGAGAUUGUAGAUCUUGAUAGUAAGUCCUUGCUGUAACGAAAUAUUUGAAAAGUCGUUUAAACGAGACAUCUUGAACUGUUAUGGCCGUACAUGACGAUAGUUUUGCCGGCAUGAAGUGUUACCAUUCCCGCUCUGAAAGUGAGCUUUGACUGAAAAAGAAGUUUUUUUCUUAAAGUGUUACACGUACGUCUCAUGAUGAAAAUGUAUCGACAUCAUCAACCUCUUUUAUAAACCUUCAAAAAGUUAAAAUAUUAGUUGCAUCUGUACUCACUAAGUGUAACCGGGCUACUCUAAUGGGUGGGGUAACAAUAAUGGGUGUUCACAUGUAUGACGUGUCUUUGACGAAUUGUCGAGUGAGGGGACAUGCGUGUAUUUGGUUUAUAUUUGAAGAGUUAUACAGUUAACAUCUAUAUCAACUGAAAACAAAUCUGCUUAAGCUGAAUAUUGUUUUUCUUGUCUGUCAUGUUUUGAUUUCAUGUGUUGACGAGCGUUGUAAAUAUA